UUCUUUCAUUCUAUCUGUUUUUCUUUCUCUCAUAUCCAUCAGUACCAUUAGAGUGAGCAGUGUUUUCUCUUGUAUUCUUCUCUUUGGUUCUGUUCUUCUUCUUUCAUUCGGAAAUAUUAUGGAACAUCUUCAUCAUCUGCAAGACCCACAGCACCAAAUGCAAAACUUCCACCAACUCCAACAACAACCACAGCAGCAAGUACAGUACAUCAAUAUUGAAGAUAGUGGUAGUGGAAGCAGUAGUAGUAGUAAUAGUAAGAACAGUAGUAGUCUUUUAUGUAGACAGAAUAAUACUUCUAGUACUACUACCACUGCAAGGUGGACACCCACAAGUGAUCAGAUAAGAAUAUUGAAAGAUCUUUACUAUAACAAUGGAGUUAGAUCACCAACUGCUGAACAAAUUCAAAGGAUAUCGGCUAAGUUAACACAAUAUGGCAAGAUCGAAGGCAAAAAUGUGUUUUACUGGUUUCAAAAUCAUAAAGCUCGUGAAAGACAAAAGAAAAGGUUUACUCUUGACAUGGCUGCCAUGCAACAACAAAGAUCUUCUACUUCUUCAGCUCUUAGUAAUGGUGGUAACGGUGGAACUAUUGGUGUUGGUUUAAACUAUGGUGGUACUAGAGGUGGUGGUAAUGGUGGAGGUGGUGAUGGUUGGAGACACACUGAUCUACAUCAUCCUCAUGAUUAUUAUUACGCCAUUGAAAACAAUCAUCCCACCAGAAACAUCCAUAAUCCAGGUAUUCCUUCUCCAACGUCCCCUCCUUCUUCACAUGGUAUGCUAACCAGUGUUGGACCAAUCGGAAGUAGUACUGCUAGUUAUGGAUCUGUCCUCAUGGAAAGAAGAUUCAGGGAGUGUUCAAUUUCAGCUGGUGGAAGUAGUAGUAUUGGUAACUCUACAAGUAACAAUAUUGGUGGUUGGGUUGGUGUUCAUCAGAAUCAUAAUACUAACAAUUACCAUCAUCAAGAGAUACCUACUCAUCAAUAUCCCUCAAAUACUACUACUUCAUCAUCAUUGUCAACAUAUAGUCCUGCUUUCGUCGAAAAACCAUCAAGAAUAUUACCCAUUCAACUCUUCAAGGAGGAACCUGAUAACAACAACGAAGAAGAAGAGGUAGCUCCUGAGAUUGAAACUCUCCCUCUGUUUCCCAUGGAAACCGGUGAUGAAGAUAUUGAAAUUCCGGUGGUGGAGAACCAAACUAUUAUUCCAAACUAUUUUGUUGGAUCAUCAAACUCGGAAACAUCAAAUGGGUAUCUUAACCAUAACCCACUCACUGGUUAUUAUAUCAGAUCAUCUUCUUCAGUAGUAGUACCAUUACAUGAUCAUCAUCACCAUCAUCAUCAAGAACACAUGAAUGGAGGAAUAAACUUGAACAGGACUGCUUCAUCAUCACUUGAACUCACUCUGAAUUCUUACACUCCUAUAACACCAGAGACUGUUCAUGGUCGCCAUCAUCAAUUGAAUUAAAAUAUUAAAGUCAUCAUCACUGAUUGAAUCGAGGUUGAUUAUGUUGUACUUGUUGGUAUCAUGAAGAUCAGCAGAGUCUUAAUUAAUUGGUCUCCAUUUAUUAAUAUUACAUUAUGUUUUUAUGAAAUGUUGGAAACUUUCGGUUUCAGUUUAGCAGUUUAGCUUUUGAUUUUGUCAGGUCAAAGAUAUUGUUCGACAUUGACACGCGUCAGGAGUAGAACUAUCUAAGAAUAAUUUGCUUAGUUUUUUACGGGCUCCACAGCGGACCCGCUGCA